AUGUCUCUCUUCGACCACCCUCUGCCGUUGAAGCAUGAGUGGCUGAAGGCCUGGAACGGUGUCGUGGCCGGCAUGCCAGAUGCCAGGACACAUCCGUCUCUGCCUGGGCCUCUCUGCUCGCACCAUCAGCACCCCUCCCCGUCCCCUUCCCCCUCUUUCGUCCUCCAUGCCCUUUUGCCUAUGACUGCCUUUGCAUGUCUGACACUUUUCUUAGAUGGGUAUGAAGCCCGCCAAACAGCCAGCGCCGUUGAAUCUAACAAUCCCGCAGCCAGCAAUCAGGAGCCGAGCCACGACGGCAUGGAUGCCGCCAACGAUCCUCGCGCCAUGGAGAGGGUGCCCGUGAGCAUGGAGGCUGGUCCCUCCCGAUGCCACAUGGAAUCGUCAUUUCUUAACAUACUUCACUCUACCGGCUUCGCCGAGUGGGCAGCGCGUGCCGAAGCCCAGAACCAGCAACUAGGCGUAGCGCCCACGUGGCCGACUGAACGCGAGGUGGGCACAUCGUCGUCUUCAGACGGCAAGAGCCGCAAGUCGUCAGCAUCCUCUCGGUCAAGCAAUAAGUCGUCUUCAGCAAAGAAAGGAUCACGGCCGCGGAAGGCAAAGGACGGAGAAGGCAAGGGCAAAUCGCAGGCGAGCCGAAGCAAGAGGACAGAGGAGAGCGUCGAGGAGGACGAGGAGAUGGACGCCGAGGCCUACGAAAGGGAAAACUUUGUCCCUCACUACGCCAACUACAACAACAUGGAUGCGGAGCUCAACAUCCUCAAGCGGCACCUCAUGCAGCGGGGCGGAUUCUCAUGA